UAAAACAGCAAUAAAAGGAACACACUCGACCAGGAAAAUAUCAGUACCACCGUGUGAUAUCAGACUCUCAAGUUGUUUACAUUUUUUUCAGCGCAGUUUUCAAAAACUACAGCUAUAGAAAUGGCAGCCAAAUUAGUUUUGAUCGUGUGCAUGGCUUUGUUCGCUGUCAGCUUCGCAAUGCCCGCAGCGCCGUCGGCUGAAUCUCAGCCAAUCGAACCCAAAGAAGGCGAACCAAAGGAAAAUCUGAAAACCGCUGAAACCGCUUACGGUUACUACGGCUACCCGUCCUACGGCUACGGAUACAGUCCUUACUCUCAAUACUACUCAGGCAUCGGAUACAGAAGCGCAGGUAUCGGCUACCCAUACUACGGUGGAUACAACAACUACUACUACAACUCAUACCCAGGCUACUUAGGUUACUAUUAGUGAUAUCACCGAAACGACGCAGUGCAAUCAAAAUGUAUAAUACAAAACAAUUGACUUUAAAUCAAUACUUACAUAUAUUUUGUACCUCAUUAUUUUUUAUUUCUAAAUAAACGCUCACAUAGUAAAACGGUUCUACUA